AUUAGCACUUCUCCCUCAAACUACCCACUGCCCUCCAACAAUCAAUCAUAGUAAUCUAAUACUACCAGUUGCUUUUCAGCUCCUUUUCCUUCUUCAUCCCCAUCACCAAUAAAACUUUCUCUUUUUUCUGAUAUAUAGUACUCUUUUCGCCCCAAAUCACGGCUUGAAUGGUAGAAACAAUCACUGUUUUCAUUCUUGUCGAUUCAUACUUCUAUUCAGGAAAGCAAUCCUGGUACUAUCGAUGCAUCGGCCUUGAUCCCUGAAAUAGUUCGUUUCUUGAUUGUAAGAAUUAGUAUGGCUACAAAAACGAGGAGAAGUAUUUCAGACAAGGCCUUGUUGCGUAAGCUGACGCAGAAGAAGAAGAAGAAGGACGACAAGAGCAAGAACAACAGGUUCUUGAUUAGUAUCAAUGUUUUUGGCAGCGCUGGACCGAUCAGAUUUGUUGUGGACGAAGAUGAUAACGCUGCAGGGGUGAUUCAAACAACUUUGAAGAUUUAUGCCCGUGAGGGCAGGCUUCCGGUGCUUGGCUCUGAUAUCAAUUGUUUUGUAAUAUACCCUGUGAACGCUGGAUUCGAUGCACUGAAGCCCUGGGAGGCAAUAGGAUCGCGUGGAGUGAGGAACUUUCUGCUGUGCAAGAAUCAGAGCAAGCCAAACAUGACAGAGGCGAGGUCUCAAGUGGCUGAUCGGAAGGGGAGAGGAUGGCGAACGUGGCUUCAAAACUCUUUGACUCUCAAGAUUCUAUCUCAUUAAUUAGGAAAGUUAACAUCUGGAAAUUCUAAUUCGAAUCGAGUUUGGUCAGACAUGAAUCAUAAUACAUUUAUCAUGUGAUUGAUGUAUAGUUCAAAAAAAGUGACCCACUUACUUCGCAAUAGUUUUGACUCAAUCAUACUUGAUUUGAAUAAAAAAUUUCCAUGAAAAAGUGUAUUAUCAUCCAAAACUAAAUGAAGUAUGUGUUUUAUUGUGAAUUUGAAUAGUUUUGUGAAUGAGAGUGAAAAAUUGAAGAAAUUAAAGGGCUUUG